AUGUUGGCCCGUCGUGACCCCAAAACUGGCGCCAACAGACUCGGGAGAGCCCAGACCCUCCAGAAGCAGCGGAGGGCCCCAGUUGCGCCAAGGGCUCCCCCGCCCGAUGAAGAAGAUCCCAGGCUCAAGUGCAAAGACUGCGGGGCCUUUGGCCACACGGCCAGAAGUACCAGGUGCCCCAUGAAGUGCUGGAAGGCAGCCCUGGUUCCACAGACCUUCGGGAAGAGGGAAGGGAAGGAAAACCUGAAACCGUGGAAGCCCCCGGUGGAGGCGAACCCGGGGCCCUUGAACAAGGAUAAAGGAGAGAAGGAAGAGAGACCAAGGCAGCAAGACCCGCAGAGGAAGGCUCUCCUCCGGAUAUUUUCCGUGAAACCUCCAGAGAAGCCGCUGCCAAAUCGAAGAGGAUCCACGGAAUCUUGUGAUGAUCUGAGGGUUGCAAGCAGGCCAAUGCCGCUCCACACAACCAGUAAGAGGCCACGCGUGGACCCUGUCCUCACUGAUGGCUCAGCUACCGAAAUGUCUGACAGGGGCUCCGUCUUGGCUUCACUGUCUCCCUUCAGAAAAGCCAGUGUGAGCUACCCCUCUAGUCUUGGACCAAAGGAACGACAGACAGGGGCUGCGGCCCCCAUCCCUCAGCCUGCAGUCAGGCACCAGGGCCCGGGGCCUCUCCUCGUGGUGAAGCCGACACACAGCAGCCCGGAGGGUGGCUGCCGAGAAGUUCCCCAGGCUGCCUCGCAAACCCACGGCCUGCUCCAGGCCAUCAGCCCCCAGGCACAAGACAGACGUCCCGCGCUGACCUCACAGCCCUGCCCACCAGCCGCCACACGCAGCUUGGGCCUAGGCUCCAAUCUCAGCUUCAGGCCAGGAGCCAAGAGACCUGCCCAGGCUCCGCUUCAGGCUUGCCUGAACUUCCCCAAGAUACCGAGACUGGGUCCCUUCCAGAUCCCCGAAGACGCCAUCCAGGGAGGUGAGCUCGGGGCCCCGGACACUCUCCAACCUCCGCCGGCCGCAACCGAACUUGGACCGAGUACGUCGCCCCAGAUGGGCAGGAGGACACCCGCCCAGGUGCCCAGCAUCGACCGGCAGCCUCCGCACAGCAGACCUUGCCUGCCUACUGCCCAGGCCUGCACCGUGUCCCGUCACCCGGCGGCCAGCCAUGACGGGGCCCAGCCUCUCAGAGUGCUCUUCCGGAGACUGGACAAUGGAUGGUGGAGCUCCAGCCUCCUGACAGCUCCCUCAUUUCACUCUCCUGAGAAGCCGGGAGCCUUCCUCGCUCAGAGCCCUCAUGUCUCAGAGAAGUCUCAGGGUCCCGGUGUUCGUGUCCCAGCGAGUGUCCUCUAUGAGGACCUUCAGGUUUCCUCCUCCUCAGAGGACAGCGAUUCUGACCUGGAGUGAGACGGCAGGUGGCAGGGGCUCCUUGGCCUCCCGCUCCCGUGACUUGGAGGGGACUGUGGGACUGAGGAGCGCAGAGCAGCGAGCAGACUCUCUGCGGUGACUCCGAAGCUCCCUGGCUGUGGCGCUUCUGCGGAGGUGGGAGCCCAGGCCAGGCAGGGAGCCGA